CGGGCGCGCGGCGCAGCGCGGGAGCGCGCAGCGGCGGCGACUGUUGGGGGGCGGGGAACUUUGGCUGAGGCGGUGGUGGCGGCUUGGGUACAGGCAGCUUGGCGGCGGCGGCGGCUCUUGGUGCAGCUCGGCGCGCGGCCAGCUCUCUGGUUCGGAACGGGACGUUCGGCUUGGCGGACCCCUACGGGGAAAGUUUGCGGUGGACCCGGGACCUUCUUGCCGGCGCGGCCCGGCAUGAAGCUGCGCUAAGGAGCAGCCGCCGCCGCCGCCUGAGGUAGGAGUCGCAGCACCCUGGGCCACGCCGAUGACUACUGCAAACUGUGGCUCCAACGACGAGCUCGACUUCAAACUCGUCUUUGGCGAGGACGGGGUGCCGGCGCCGCCGCCCCCGGGCUCGCGGCCUGCAGAUCUUGAGCCAGAUGAUUGUGCAUCUAUUUACAUCUUUAAUGUAGAUCCACCUCCAUCUACUUUAAAUUCACCACUUUGCUUACCACAUCAUGGAUUACCGUCUCACUCUUCUGUUUUGUCAUCAUCGCUUCAGCUCCAAAGUCACAAAAACUAUGAGGAAACUUGUGAUAUUUCUGAAUCUAAAUAUAGCCCAUUAGGUGGUCCCAAGCCUUUCGAGUGCCCAAGUAUUCAAAUAACAUCCAUUUCCCCUAACUGUCAUCAAGAAACAAAUCCACAUGAAGAUGACUUACAUAUAAAUGACCCAGAAAGGGAAUAUUUGGAAAGGCCUUCUAGAGAUCAUCUCUAUCUUCCUCUUGAGCCAUCCUACCGGGAAUCUUCCCUUAGUCCUAGUCCUGCCAGCAGUAUCUCUUCUAGGAGCUGGUUCUCAGAUGCAUCCUCUUGUGAAUCUCUUUCACACAUUUAUGAUGACGUGGACUCAGAGUUGAAUGAAGCUGCUGCCCGAUUUACUCUUGGAUCCCCUUUGACUUCUCCAGGAGGCUGCCCUGGAGAAGAGUCCUGGAAUCAACAGUAUGGACUCGGAAACUCCUUGUCACCCAGACAGUCUCCUUGCCACUCUCCUAGAUCCAGUGUCACUGAUGAGAACUGGCUGAGCCCCAGGCCAGCCUCAGGACCCUCCUCCAGACCCACUUCCCCCUGUGGGAAACGGAGGCACUCCAGUGCUGAAGUUUGUUAUGCUGGAUCCCUUUCACCUCAGCACUCACCUGUUCCUUCUCCUGGCCACUCCCCCAGGGGAAGUGUAACAGAAGACACCUGGCUUAAUGUACACAGUGGAUCAGGCCUUGGCACAGCACUUUUUCCAUUUCAGUACUAUGUAGAGACUGAUAUCCCUCUGAAAACAAGGAAAACUUCGGAAGAUCAAGCUGCUGUACUCCCAGGAACAUUAGAGCUCUGUGCAGACGAUCAGGGGAGUUCAUCACCAUCACGGGAGACCACCCUAGAGGAUGGCCUUGGAUCUCAGUAUCAUUUAAAGAAAGAUUCAUCUGGUGACCAAUUUCUUUCAGUUCCCUCACACUUUACUUGGAGCAAACCAAAGCCUGGCCAUACCCCUAUAUUUCGCACAUCCUCAUUACCUCCACUAGACUGGCCUUUACCAACUCAUUUUGGACAAUGUGAACUGAAAAUAGAAGUGCAACCCAAAACCCAUCAUCGAGCCCAUUAUGAAACGGAAGGUAGUCGAGGGGCAGUAAAAGCAUCUACUGGGGGACAUCCUGUUGUAAAGCUCCUGGGCUACAAUGAAAAACCAGUAAAUCUACAGAUGUUUAUUGGAACAGCAGAUGAUCGGUAUUUACGGCCUCAUGCAUUUUACCAGGUCCAUCGGAUCACUGGGAAGACAGUUGCUACAGCAAGCCAAGAGAUAAUCAUUGCCAGCACAAAAGUUCUGGAAAUUCCACUUCUUCCUGAAAACAAUAUGUCAGCCAGUAUUGACUGUGCAGGUAUUUUGAAACUCCGCAAUUCAGAUAUAGAACUUCGAAAAGGAGAAACUGAUAUUGGCAGAAAAAAUACUAGAGUACGACUUGUGUUUCGUGUACACAUCCCACAGCCAAAUGGAAAAGUCCUUUCUCUGCAGAUAGCUUCAAUACCUGUGGAAUGCUCCCAGCGGUCUGCUCAAGAACUUCCUCAUAUUGAGAAGUACAGUAUUAACAGUUGUUCUGUGAAUGGAGGCCAUGAAAUGAUUGUGACUGGAUCUAAUUUUCUCCCAGAAUCCAAAAUCAUUUUUCUUGAAAAAGGACAAGAUGGACGACCUCAAUGGGAGGUAGAAGGGAAAAUAAUCAGGGAAAAAUGUCAAGGGGCUCACAUUGUCCUUGAAGUUCCUCCAUAUCAUAACCCAGCAGUUACAGCUGCAGUGCAGGUGCACUUUUAUCUUUGCAAUGGCAAGAGGAAAAAAAGCCAGUCUCAACGUUUUACAUACACACCAGUUUUCAUGAAGCAAGAACACAGAGAAGAGAUUGAUUUAUCUUCAGUUCCACCUUUGCCUAUACCACAUUCUGCCCAGACCCAGAGGCCUUCAGCAGAUCCAGGGCACCCACACGACAGUGUAUUGUCAACACAGAGGAACUUGGUUUGUCCAGUCCAGCAGGCAUAUGCAUCCAUGGUAACCUCAUCCCAUCUACCACCAUUGCAAUGUGGGGAUGAGAAUUCAGGAAAAGAACAGCAGGUGGUAUCUUCUUCAGUUGUACACCAGCCUUUUCAAGUUACACCGACACCUCCUGUGGGGUCUUCCUAUCAGCCUAUGCAAACUAAUAUAUACAAUGGACCAACUUGUCUUCCUGUUAAUGCUGCCUCUAGUCAAGAAUUUGACCCAGUUUUGUUUCAACAGGAUACAACUCUUCCUAGUUUAGUAAAUCUUGGCUGUCAACCAUUAUCAUCCGUACCAUUUCAUUCUUCAAAUUCUGGUUCAACAGGACAUCUCUUAGCACAUACACCUCAUUCUGUGCAGACCCCGCCUCAUCUGCAGUCGAUGGGAUACCAUUGUUCAAAUACAGCGCAAAGAUCUCUUUCUUCUCCAGGGACUGACCAGGUCACAGGUCAGUCUUCCCCUCAGUUGCAACCCAUUACAUACAGUCCUUCACAUUCUGGGUCUGCUACAACAGCUUCCCCAGCAGCUUCUUGUCCCUUGGCCAGCUCACCACUUUCUGGUCCGUCGUCUCCUCAGCUGCAGCCUAUGCCUUACCAAUCUCCUAGCUCAGGAACUGCCUCAUUACCAUCUCCGGCCACCAGAAUGCAUUCUGGAAAGCACUCAAGUCAAGCACAAAGUACAGGCCAGAGAGAUCUUUCUGUACCUUCAUCCUUAAUGUGUCACAAUUUAUGUGAUCCAGCCUCAUUUCCAUCUGAUGGGGCAACUGUGAACGUGAAACAUGAACCUGAAGAUCGGGAACCUAACUUUACAACCAUUGGUCUACAGGACAUCACUUUAGAUGAUGUGAAUGAGAUAAUUGGGAGAGAUAUGUCCCAGAUUUCUGUCUCCCAAGGACCAGGGGUGAGCCAGGAGGCUCCCCUUCCAGGUCCCAAGUCCCUGGAUUUGGGAAGAUCCGACGGGCUGUAGCAGUGCCGCUGUAGCCUUUUGUCGACGGCAACGUCUCAGUGUGCUUCUCUUCGUUGGAUCUUCAGUUUCCAGCUCUGUGGCCAUCAGGACCAGUGCCCGGAGUUGGACUCGGCAUUUUCGGGGAAAGCCUCAUUCCUCCACCUCAGGCCUUGGGUAGAUUUUGUAAAAGAACAGGAACUGCAUAGACUGUUUGUGCUUUGGGAAAAUGAGCUUUGCUUUUUGAUAUUUAAAUAGGAUACUUUUAUAUGAUGGGUGCUCUGAGUGUGAAUGCAGCAAGCUCCAUUUCAGAGAUGCUGCUUUUGCGGGUAACCUGGUUGCUUAUCUGGGGUUGAUGAUUUGUACUGCUUUCUGGUCAUUUGAAGGGCCCUUUAGUUUUGAUGAUAUUUUUAAAAUAAGAACUUUUGAUAAAACCUUCCAGAGGCAAACAAAAUAGAAAAAAAAAAAUUGUCCCAAGCCCACACCUAUGCAUCAGAAACUUAGCAUGUUUCCUGAAGCCUUUCAUAGAUUCAUAGGAAAUGAAGCCAAAUGUAGCUCAUACCUCUUUAUAAAAGCAAACUGUUGUUAGAUAAAACAAGACCAUUCCAUCAUUGAAAUGUUGGAAUAUAAAGACAUUCCAGAACAUAGCAAUUUUGUAACUUUCUAGGUAAUCUUCCUGCAGUCUCUCCAUACUGGCUCCAGGUUGAAGUUGCUUUUUCCCCUUAGGACCUUAGCUGUGUCAGGAGACUUUUGAGAAGUGGGGUUUUAGCUGUUUCCUGCCCUCUUAAAACUGAUAGGCUGUGGAGGACUCCUGGUGUUUGUCCUCUGGCCCCAGAACCUGUUCCUAGUGGCAGCAGCUGCCUUUAGCUGUGCUGUGACCCUUGAAGCCAGUCCCAUAAAGGCUCAAGCAGUUUCUCAGUCCUCACUGUUUGCUAGAGGCCAGGCUGGGUCAGGGGCAAGUACAGACCAGCGCUGUGCAUCAGGACAGGAAGAGAAGGUGCAGGACUUGGAGCGGGAAGGAUUUAAGAUGCACACUGGCUGACUUAGCUUCUGUGGUUUACAACCCAACAUGAUUCUGGUCUACGCAAUCUCGUCUGUAUGACCUGAAAACCAGCCUUUUCCCCAGGUUUUGAGGUCACAUCCAAAAAUGAGAUGGCAUCAUAGACCCAACCCUGGACACCAAAGAUGUCCUGGUGCUGUGGCUGGGGAGGCUAGCGUCCAAGACAGAGCCCAGUAGAACUUCAGCGUGCUAUCUACCAAAGGAGGUGCCCAAACUGGGGACUUUCUCCAAAUCCUGCCCUUACUUCUUUGCUAAUGAGGUUUGUUACCUAAAAGUGUGUUUUCAGAUGGAUAAUAUACUUUAUUUAAGAAGCACAUUUUUUGAAUGCCUCCAUGUCAGAUAGUAUGCUGGACGGUUGAAGACUUAAUGCUUUUAUUCCAGGGAUUAUGGGCCCUACAUGCUAAACACUCUGUUUAAUGAGGCUAAGGGGAUCAACCUGUUGCUCACCACCUCUAGUCAGUGUAAAAGUUCUUGACCAGGAUGAGAAAACAUGUUUAAGGAAAAAAAAAUGUUGUUUUAGAUUUUCCCCCUAUAGCUAGUUAUGGAAAAAUGUCAAUCCUUCAGCAAAUCACUCUAACCUUUCUUGGAGUUCAGCUAAAUAGUCUUUGAAAGUUUUGUGACAUGUAGUGUGUGAUAGGAAAUUUGCUUCAAGACCUGGAGUUGCAAACCCACAGGUUCCCUUGAAGAAGCAGUUGGUUGGCUUCUCAGGUCAAGUUUGAGAGAAGUGACCAGUCUUGCCUCCACCUUCUUGCCCCUGGUUAGCUGCCUCACCUAGGGUUCUUGUAAAAGGUCUCCUUCCAAGACCCUUUGGGGGUUGCUUUGCUUCCCCUAAGAAAGAAGCCUCCAUGAUCCAGAGUUGCUAUGCACCAAACUUUGAUGCCUUUGAAAUACCUUGAUGCCUGUAGCAUUAGAAAUGCUUUCCUAUUUAAAAUAAAGGUUAAAUUUUAAAAUAGAGCUUUGUAUACUAUGUAAGCCAUUUUAUAUCAGCUUUUGUAAAAGCUUCAUGUAAGAGUAUUUUUUGGCUUUGUAAUUUUUGUGCAGCAUAGUAAUGUAAAGGCACACAUCCAUUGGACUAUGCAAAUUGAUUUCUAGUAGCAGCACUGAGCAACUGGGCAUGUGCUAGCAUGAACCCCUUCUCUCUCAAACCCAUGCCAGAUCCUGGGUUGAGGAAUGGAAUGAGUGGCUUUCUGCUUACUGGGGAUGCACAGAAAAACAUGGCUGAAAACAACUGUAAAAGAAACAGGCGUCUUCAGGUUCACAUGUGGUGCUGUUGCCCAGGGUCUAACUUUCUAUCAGACUUUUGCUGGGCAUGGCUUUGAAGCCCUGUUUUUGACAUUCAGAAUAGUUGGUCAUCUUUAAGGCUCAGAUGGGCUCAAGUUGAAACAUUUUAUAAAAAUGGAUGCUGAGUAAAGAAAUGGUUCUCAGUUAUGUUUACAGCACUUGGGAUUGUGUUUUCUUGUACAUUUUGUAUUUUCAAACCUUUUACAUGAGUGCAGCGCUCCUUGCACAAACACAAAGGGAAAAAGCCAGCGGUUCCGGCUCCUCAGUUGUAGUGCUGAAAUAAUAAAUGGUGACAGGUUGA